AUGAAAGCGGAGAACAUGCAACAAUACCAUUUUUCUGCGGUGGUGCAGGGCGGGUUUAAUGGUGGUGAACCGUUUGUACAGUCGGUGAUGCAAAAUGGUCUAGUGAAUAUGGUGGUGGGUAGUCAGAACGUAAAUGGGGUUGAAGUUGGUGGACUUGAUGGGUAUUUUGGUAAUUCGGGGUUUUCUAUCAAGGCAAUGGAAUGGAAUCACAUCAGGAUGUUUCAUCAUUCGGAAACAUGGAUUCCAUUUCGGCUUCAUAUCGGUUAA